UUUCCCUACAGUAGGUAGAGAGAGUAGGCUAUGUGGACAGACAAACAAAUAUAUGUAAACACACUGACACAAACCCCUAGAGGCAUACAAGAACACAGACCUACACACACCUCGGGCCUCCUGCCACGCUGAGGUCAUGUCUUCUGGUCAUUGCGCCAGUAUAAAAGCAGACAAACGCACACACUCUGACACUUCUGCUUUGAGCUGGGCAGUAGGAAAGGGUUGAGUUUUCUAAGCAGUGAAGUCGGUGUUCAGCUGCAGUUUGGUCAUGUCUGGAGUGUGGACUGUGCUGCUGCUAUUGGGAUGUGUCUUUCUCCCGGCUCUGUCGCAUGGAGCUCUGGUUAUCUCACAGGAUGAUUCCACACCACAGGGCUCUGAUGGUGCUACACGGCUACUAAAGGUAGCUCAGCAUCGACAUAAACCUGUCUGAAACAAAUCCAAAACAGGAAUCUGUUGCAGAAUCCGUCAGACUUCUACUCUUGACCACCCAGUGGUGCAUCUGAUGAUACCUGAUGAAUCUGAUGAAUAUAUUGUUAUUAGUAUUUUCCCCAAAACAGAUCUUUGAGAUCGUGGUUGAGUAAAUAUUUGAGGAAAUCCUUCGCUCUUUACCAUGGUUAAACUACUCUCUAUUUCUGUAAAUACAACAGUAUCAUUGGCACCUAGAAGUUUCAGCCACUUGAAAAGUAAAACAUGUCAAAGUCGUACAGUGUGCUCUGUAAGAAACUUAUUUUUUUAUAAUACUGUGUCUAAAUGUUAUUAUUAUUUUUUUUUACAGAAAAGAAGUACAGAUAAUGCGGAGGUGGAGGUGUACAGUGUAAAGGUGGACUGUAAGGUCGCUUCUCGUUUUGCUCACACGGUCAUAACCUCCAGUGCUCUGAACAAGGCCAACUCCUCUCAGGAAGUGUUCUUCGAGGUGGAUCUGCCCAAAACCGCCUUCAUCACCAACUUCAGCAUGGAGAUAGAGGGUCAGACGUACACGGGCGAGGUGAAGGAGAAGGAGAAAGCCAAGAAGCAGUAUCAGAAAGCUGUUUCCACAGGGCAGACAGCAGGACUGGUCAAGGCAUCAGGGAGGAAGAUGGAGAAGUUCACUGUGUCUGUGAACAUCGCGGCCAAUAGUAACGUCACCUUCAUUUUGACCCACGAGGAGUUGCUUCAGCGUAAACUGGGCCAAUACGAGAUCAUGACCCGGGUCAAACCCAAGCAGCUGGUUCAGCACUUUGAGAUUGUGGCAGAUAUCUAUGAACCCCAGGGCAUUGCCUUCCUGGAGGCCUAUGGAACCUUCAUCUCCAACGAGCUUCUCCCCCUGGUGGAGAAAACAGUCAGCGACAAAAAGGCACACAUCUCAUUCUGCCCAACACUGGACCAGCAGAGGAAGUGCCUGGGUUGUGAAGGCACCCUGAUUGACGGGGAUUUCUUCAUCAAAUAUGACGUGAACCGAGCUGAGACCAUCGGUGACAUCCAAAUAGUUAAUGGGUACUUUGUGCACUUCUUUGCGCCUUCGGACUUACCCCGAGUUCCAAAAAAUGUGGUGUUUGUGAUCGAUAGGAGUGGGUCAAUGAGAGGAAUCAAAAUGAAGCAGACAAAGGAUGCUAUGCUGGCCAUACUGAAUGACCUGGCUGAGGACGACUAUUUCGGCAUUGUCCUAUUUGACUCUAGCAUCUCAACAUGGAAGGAAUCUCUUACCAAGGCCACCAAGGAAAAUGUGUCUGAAGCCCAACAAUUUAUCCAGGGAAUAACUGAUUUGGGAACCACUAAUAUAAAUGAUGCUGUGAUGAAAGCUGUGGACAUGAUAAUGAAAGGCAAACGAGACAAGAAGGUCCCGGAGAGGAGUGUGUCUAUGGUUAUCUUAAUGACAGAUGGAAUGCCCAACUCAGGAGAGUCUUCUGUACCACAGAUUCAGGAGAAUGUCCUUCUUGCUAUGGGUGGGAACAUGACUCUGUUCUGUCUGGGCUUUGGGGAUGAUGUGGACUACUCCUUUCUGGAUGUGAUGUCUAGACAGAACAAGGGACUGGCCCGAAGGAUCUAUGAGGGCUCUGAUGCCACCGUCCAGCUUCAGGGUUUCUAUGAGGAAGUGGCCAGCCCCCUCCUCUCCGAGGUGGACCUGCGUUACCCUGACAACCUGGUGAACUCUCUGACCACCAGUCACUACAAGCAGCUGUUCAACGGCUCAGAGAUCGUGGUAGCUGGCCGGCUCACUGACUAUAGCCUGGAUAACUUCCUGGUGGAGGUGUUUGCACAUGGGUUUGAGGAGGACUUUAUUGUCAAAGGCCAGGCCAGUGCCCAGGAGUGGGACAUACUGUACCCUGAGCAGGAGUACAUAUUUGGGGACUACACUGAGCGUCUUUGGGCUUACCUCACCAUCCAAGAACUGUUAAGCAAGAGAGAGACUGGUACUGCGGAGGAGAAGGGAAAUGCCACUGCCCAGGCUCUGGAGAUGUCCCUGCAGUACAGCUUCGUCACCCCCCUUACCUCCAUGGUGGUCACCAAACCUGAGACUGACGAGGAGCCAGAGGGCCCCCUCAUCGCCGACAAGCUGACCGAGGAUGAAAGGCAGAAAGCCCAGAGAUUUGGUCAUUUUGUACCCCAGCUGAUGAGCAACGCCUGGACGCACAGCAGGAUCUCACCUACAAACUUUGUGGAUGGAGACCCUCAUUUCAUGAUUGAGUUGCCAGAGCAGGAGGAUGCACUGUGCUUCAACAUAGACGACAGGCCUGGUACCAUCUUCAACCUAGUGAGAGACCAACUGGCAGGUAUUUUGGUCAACGGCCAGACCAUUGGGGAUAAGAAAGUGGCCCCUGAUGGCAAAGUGAACACCUACUUUGGUCGCUUUGGCAUCAUUCACCAGGGGCUGGGGGUGAGACUGGAGGUGACCACUCAUGACAUCACUGUGUCCCAGGAUGGCAAGCAGGCCAAGCUCUUCUGGUCAGACACCACCUCUCUCAAGGGAGCCAAUAUGGACCUGCAGGUGACCAAAGACCGCAGCUUGACUGUCACCCUCAGGGACUCGGUCCGGUUUGUGGUCAUCCUACACAAGGUGUGGAAGCAGCACCCCUACCACCAGGACUAUCUGGGAUUCUAUACCCUGGACAGCCACCUCUUAUCCCCCAGCGUCCACGGCCUUCUAGGUCAGUUUUACCAUGGCGUGCAGUUUGAGGUGAAAGACAUGCGUCCAGGAGAGGUGCCAGAGAAACCAGAUGCCACCAUGCUAGUGAAGGGACAGGAGCUUACAGUGACUAGGGGCUGGCAGAGGGACUUCCGCUGGGAUGUGAAGAAUGGAGAGAACAUCCCCUGCUGGUUCAUCCAUAGCAACGGCAACGGCCUCAUCGAUGGAAACCACACAGACUACAUCAUGUCUGGACUCUUCAAGACUGUCUGAGUCUGGUACACUAGCAGUCAACCUCCUCAAACUGUACAGUACAUUAGUCACACAUUUCACAUGGAUUCAACACCCCCUAUGUGCUAAAGAUAUACCAUCAUGACAUGAGAAUAAUUGUGGGUAACGUUAGAUAAAAUCUGACUGGAGUACAUUUAAUUAAAAGAUAAGUGUCAAGAAAGGGGACAUUUAUAGAUAUUGAUAUAGAUAGUGAUGAGCAAAACCUGUUGAAAUAAAUGGACCCACUUCCACCUAA